AAGAGGUGACAAUGACUGUUUCUGAAACGCUCAGAAAUAAACGUAGAUUUCAUGAAAGACACGAAAUGCUAGAGGCUACCUUGGCGGCAUACCACAAGCUCACAUUGAACCACGAUGACUGAGGGUGGCUUAGGGAACGUUGUCCUCAAAGUUGUCAAGGGCCCAUUUGACUAUUUCCCCUACACGAUGACAACAGUACGAGACGGAAAGAGACAAGUAUAUGGGCUUACAGGCUCGCUCUUCGGGAAUAUCACGGCGUCCCUGAACAUCAGUUACGAUCUUUUAGACAGCGUUGACGAGCACUGGGGAAACCUUCUUGACGAUGGCGAUUUCACCGGCCCACUUGGAAUGCUGCAAAGAAACACUAUGCUGCUACUGUUCGCCACUAUGGCCGUUCUUGUGGUCAUCUCCGCCGUGUCGCUGCAUACUGCCAGAAGGAAAUGGAUGUCCACACUUCAGUGGGUGUUCUGGGUCUACGCCGAAUCACUGCUGCUCAAAUCAACAAGCACAAGUCGCCUGCGCUCGACGGCUUCUCGGAUUCUCCUAGGAUCGUGGAUGAUCGGCACGUUGGUCAUCGGCCAGUAUAUAAUGGGUCAGGUCAAGGCGGCAAUGCUGAUCCGCUCUCCAGUUUCCCAUAUUGACACUCUCGAAGAAAUGCUAUCACGGCGACCCCCCAUACGUCCGGUGACCCUGAAAGCAACUCCACUCAUGAACAUGCUUCAGCUAUCGGGCCUUGACAGCUACCGGACACUGCACGGACGCAUCAAGCGCAUGAACGGCGAGCUGCAGCAGAGCGAGGUGUACUCGAUGCGGACACUACGCCAGGUAGUAGCGGGCGAGACGGUCAUCAUCAUGGACGCAACGGGCAACCGCGUAUUCGUCGCACCCCACUGCGAUAAGUUGCAACCGGCUUUCUUCCACGUGUCGCAGCAGCGCAUCGAGACAGCCGACUUCCGGUGGUACAUGAACAAGCGCUUGGAUGCACGACUGGUCGCUGCAAUGGACCGCAGAAUCCGCUGGCUGUUGGAAGGAGCCGUGCCUUUCAUGCACCACCAUGAAAUAUUCCGCAAACCAGCGACUUGCUUCCUCAACCGGAACGACGGAAGUGGAAGUGACGCAGCCGCUGGACAGUACGAAGUGCUGCACUUGGAGGACGUACAAGCCAGUUUCAUUAUUCUACUGUGGAUGCUCGCCUUCGCCACUUUAGUGCUUCUUCUCGAAUCCAUUUUCCACAAGAGUUGUGUCAUUGGGAGGCAGUGAAGAAGUGUGUCAGUGCAGCAACUAUUCCACUAUCACUGC